GCCAAAUACUAAUAAUACUUAAUGACAAUUUCAAUAGUUACUCCAAUAAUAUUAAAUGCACCAAAGUUUGAUAUCACUGAUGUUUAAGACUUGAAUCACUAAAAUAUCAUAAUGAUCAACAUUGAGAAAUAUUAUUAUGAAAAUUAUGUACAAUUCUAUAGCUAUAAAUUUUAAUGUUUUUAUUUGAAUAAAGCAGCAAGAAGGCAUGAGUUAAUCAAUUAUGUUAUCAGAUUUUAAUAUAAACCAGUGAACGCACAUGUGUCAAUGGCCUAUCAAUGUAAUUAAUUGUCAUUGCGGCAUACAUGCGUCAGUGGCAAUGAAAGGAUUAAGUUUUUGAUUGUUAAUGCCUAACACACAACUCGUUUCUUACACCAUGGAUUUAUUUGAGACAUGGGAAGAUCAAGAAAUUCAAUUUGAUUUAAGUAUUAGCAAAGCGUUGAAAAUGAGAAAUGGAGAAAAAAUAAUAGAUCGUUUAGAAUUUAUUGAAGAUACAAAAGGAAAUAGUGGUGAUAAAGGUGUACUUGUAAUUACAAAUUUGAGAGCAAUCUGGCAUUCAAUGACUAUAGCAAGAAUAAGCUUAUCUAUUGGCUACAAUUGUAUACAGGAUAUUUCUACAAGAAUUGUCAACUCGAGAUUAAAAGGAAUAACAGAAGCAAUUUAUAUUCAAGCUAAAUACAAUGGAUUGAGGUAUGAAUUUGUUUUCACAAAUUUAAUACCUGGUAAUACAAGACAUUUCACAUCAUUUAUUGGAGUUUUCAAAGCUUAUAAUUCUAGUAGACUUUAUCGAGAAUUAAAACUUAGGGGAGCAAUAUUGAAGAAUGGACGUUUAAGGCUAUUGAUGUUUGAAAAAAUGUAUUCAGCUGUUAAUGGUGUAUGGAAUUUAUCUAGUGAACAAGGAAACUUGGGAACAUUCAUGAUAACAAAUAUUCGAUUAGUAUGGUAUGCUGAAAGUAAUGAGACAUUCAAUAUAUCGCUUCCAUACAUUCAUAUAAACUCAAUAAAAAUUAGGGAAUCCAAAUUUGGUGAAGUGUUGGUGAUCGAAACAAAUGGUUACAGUGGAGGCUUUACACUUGGAUUUCGAAUAGAUCCCAAGGACAGAUUACGAUCAGUUACUAAAGAACUAUCAUCAUUGUUUCGUAUUCAUUCUCAAGCACCAGAAUUUGGAGUACAUUUUGUUACUACUGAACAGGUAGAAAAUAAUGAGCCCAUAACACUACCAACACUCCCCAACUAUGAUGAGUUUGAAGACGAGAAUACAAUAGGUGUUUCAAAUACAUUAGCUGCAUAUAGUGUAAGUAAGACAGGUAAAGAAGAUGGACUACCACAGUAUGAUUCUUCAAUAGGUUUAGCUAUUGAAACAUUGCCAGAUGGUUAUACAAUGACAUCUUUGUGGGAAGUUAUACCAAGUACCAAUAAUAAAUAACACGUAUCUAUUAAAAACGUUUUAUAUUUUAAAUUUAUUUUAAGUGAACAAAUUACUGUAGUUUUAAUAUUUAGCCUCAGCAUACCAAUCUGUAUGAAAUAUAACGUCUAGCAGUUUCAGAAUUUCUUACAAUUUUUACUACCUGUGAACAAAACAUGGAUUAACUUAAAUGAUUUAUAAUAGUAUUCAAGAUAUUGUGUUUGAUUAAUUUUUAAUGAUAGUAUUUGAAUUACUACAAUGGAUACUUGUAACUUGUAAGACCACAAAAUACUUAUAACUCAA